UAAUAUGAUUGUAUUUUCAGAGAUUAGUAACAAACUUUCGGAGAAUUCGUCAGCAAAGUGAAAUUGUGGUUAUUACAUGCAUGUGUGAGGUUGAUUCAUGAAAUAACUAUGCCGUUUACCGCUGAUACUGCAGCUCAUCAAGUACAGGAGCGUCUAAAAAAUAUUUAUCAUUUGGUUCAUGAAGUUGAAGACGAACGAAACCGCUCAGAACACAAUUUAAAUAAUAUCGUAAAAGCUCACGAGAAGAUUACUCCUGAUGACAAAGUUUCACUCUAUUACCAACAAAGGUUGAAAAAUCUUUAUAAUGCUGCCGUUUCAGAUGCUCAGCAAGAAGAAGAUUUAAUACGCAAAGCCUUAUCAAAAAUAAGCGAAAUUCGUGCGAUAAGAAAUGAACGACGUAUUCAGGCACGAAAUGCAGGGAAUAAAGAAACCAUUAGGCGAGGUGCUCUGAUGAAGAUGUUGUUGAGUACCGCACAAACUCUUCCACUUUAUGUAGGAAAAGCGCCAGGAGCUAAAGCUCCUCCCUUGUGUGGUGCAGUACCAGCAGAACCGACGUAUAUCGCUAAGGUAUUUUUCAUUAAAAAGUUAUUAUUAUUCAAAAUUAGUAUAAAUGUCGACUUUUAUGAUUAUUGUAAUUAUUUUUGCUGCGAUACUUCGCUUAUAAAUAUAGUGACUGUUUCUUAA